CUCUAGGCUUGCAUUGGAGCCACCGCGAAUACGUUGUGGCGACCGUCCGUCAUUCCAGGUUUGAAGGUAAAGGUUAGAGGAAGUGAGCUACGUUGUCCGUUCUCGUGUGCCGGAGAAGGGAAAUAACAGCGGCAUGGAGAAGAGGAUAGAACUCGAAAAACGGGGAAGGAGCCCAGACAAAAUCGCAGAAUUGAAUCUGGACAACUGUAGGAGUACCAGCAUUGUUGGCCUUAGUGAUGAGUUUACAAAUCUGGAGACAUUAAGUCUCAUUAAUGUGGGUCUUACAAGUCUCAAAGGAUUUCCAAAGCUACCCAACUUAAAGAAGCUUGAGUUAAGUGACAAUCGUAUAUCAGCAGGGCUGAAUCUCCUCCACACAAGCCCCAAACUGACACAUCUCAAUUUAAGUGGAAAUAAAAUAAAGGAUUUGGAUACACUUGAACCCUUGAAGGAAUUCAAGAAUUUAAAGAAUUUGGACCUGUUCAACAACGAAGCAACGUCAAUUGACAAUUACCGAGAGAAGGUCUUCCACCUUAUACCCAGUCUGAAAUAUUUGGAUGGGUUUGACAUGGAGGACAGAGAAGCCGAAGAUAGUGAAGUAGAAGAUGAUGAAGUAAACGGGAAUGAAAGCGAAGAUGAUGACGAGGAGGGUCUCGAGGAUGAAGAAGACGAAGAUGAUGAUGAAGACUUGGAUGAUGAAGAUGUAGGUCUAGAUGCUGUCUACAAAGAACAUCUUGAGGAGGAAAGUGAGGGCGAGGACUAUGAAGGAGAGGGUGUGGAAGACGAGGAGGAUGAAGAUGAACUUGUGGGAGAAGAGGAAGAAGUUGAAGAUGAAGAUGGAGUGGAUGAGUCAGCGGCACGAGGGAAGAAGAGAAAGCACGAGGAUGGCGAGGGCAACUAAAGUGGGCAGGCAGCAGGAAGUGUUACAGCACUGUGAUGCUCUCGAACCUAACAGACCGAGCACAGUAUGCACAGGCCUGCCUACAAUGUUGACUUGUUUUUGUUAUAGUGGGUGAAUUCAUUGAGCAGUCCGCCCUGCC